AUGGAGCAACUUACUUCUGAGAACGCCCAGCUGAGCCAGCAAGUUGCUCUGCUCUUAGCUCAGGUGCAAGCCUUGCAGGCCCAACCAGGGUUUCUCACUCAUAAUUACCAACACACUUUGGCUCUGGCAUUUGCUAUAAAGGAGAUCAACGAACAUUCUGAGAUUUUACCUAAUGUUAGCCUUGGUUUCCACAUUGCUACUGAUUAUAUUGAGGAAAUUACAACUUACCUUUUAGCACUGGAAUUUCUAUCUACAAAAGAUAAAUUUAUCCCCAACUACAAGUGUAAUGACCAGACCAAUACAAUAGUUGUCAUUGGAGGACCUCGUACUAAGACCUGCCUCAACAUGGCAACCACUCUGUACAAUUACAAGUUUCCUCAGACCACCAUGAGAGGUCAGAGUUACAGCAUCUACAAUGCAGUCUAUAUUGUGGCACAUGCUCUGAGGGCCAUGCACUCCUCCAAACUCAAAAAGGGUCGAAUAAUUGAUGAAAAUAGAUUGAAUUUCUUCCUUCAGCCACCAUGGCAGACAUUACCUCUCUCCAUCUGUAACAAGAAAUGUCCUUUUGGCCAUAGCAAGAUAAAAAUGGAAGGGAAAUUAUCUUGCUGCUAUGACUGUAGACUGUGUCCAGAAGGGAACAUAGCUGACCAAAUGGACUUAGAUGAUUGUUUCCCAUGUCCAGAAGAUCAAUAUCCAAACAAGGAUCGGGAUAGUUGCCUUCAAAAAACCAUAACUUACUUAAGUUAUCAAGAGCCUUUGGGGAUUUCUUUGGUAGUGAUUGCAGUGUCCUUUUCUUUCAUCUCAGCUUUGGUGCUGGGGAUCUUCAUUAAACAUCAGGACACUCCCAUCGUCAAAGGAAAUAACAGGAAUCUCACUUUUACCCUUCUCAUUGCUCUCCUCCUCUCCUUCCUUUGCACUUUGCUCUUCAUUGGACAACCUGACCAACUGAAAUGUCUCAUGUGACAAACGGCUUUUGGCAUCAUCUUCUCUGUAGCUCUUUCUUGCAUAUUGGGGAAAACAACCAUUGUUGUUCUUGCUUUCAUGGCCACCAAGCCAGGCUCCAAAAUGAGGAAGUGGGUGGGGAAAAGCCUGGCUAUUUCUAUUGUCCUAUCUUGCCCCCUAGCACAAUUUUCCAUUUGUGUGGGGUGGCUGGCAAUUUCUCCCCCAUUCCCAGAUUCUGACAUGCACUCCAUGAUUGAAGAAAUUGUGCUGCAAUGUAAUGAAGGUUCAACCACAAUGUUUUAUGUUGUCCUUGGCUUUAUGGGGUUCUUGACUGCUGUCAGCUUUACUGUGGCCUUCCUAGCUAGGAAUUUACCUGACAGCUUCAAUGAAGCCAAAUUUAUCACCUUCAGCAUGUUGGUCUUCUGCAGUGUUUGGGUGUCCUUUGUUCCCUCUUAUCUGAGCACUAAGGGGAAAUACAUGGUGGCUGUGGAGAUCUUCUCCAUUUUGGCUUCAGCAGCUGGAUUACUGGGCUGCAUCUUUUCCCCCAAAUGCUAUAUCAUUAUUCUGAGACCUGAUCUGAAUAAGAAGGAGCAACUAAUAAAGAAAUGA